GUAGGGUAGGGGAGCAGGUCGACCUCCCCAAGAUGGCGCCUGUAAUACCUGCGCCGCGACAGUCAAAGCGGGGUCUCUUCUUGUCUGUGGCGGUCAUAUGCAGCGUUUUAUUUCUCCUCCAAACCACCAGGGGGCGGAUGAACCAACCGGAUGUAGAAGCCUUUCAGUGAAGAAGCGGCAGGUCGCAACUGCGCAUGUGCGAACGGGACUUCAGAAGGACGCGGAGUUUUAUCUGCUGAACAGACCGAGGUUCGGUUCGGUACCAUGGCCUGUCUGAGUCCGGUUCUGUCCGGUAGAACCAGGCUAGUCAGGUACCUUCCAGGGAUCAACAUGUUGGUUCGCUGCAUGUCUGCAGCUCCAGCCUCCGGGCCGGUCAGAACCAGAACCGACCAGAACCCGGCCGGUUCGGGCCGUCCGCUUCCAGUGGGAACACACUGGCCCCUGGAGGGAGAUGGAGAGAAGAGCAGGAGGAGCAGGAUGUUUUGGAGUGGAGAACUAGAUGGUUCCCAGCAGGUCCCUCCUCCAGAAGCUCCAUGUUCUGAUGGUUCCCAGCAGGUUCCUCCUCCAGAAGCUCCGUGUUCUGAUGGUUCCCAGCAGGUUCCUCCUCCAGAAGCUCCGUGUUCUGACUGCAGGGUGGAGUGUGCGGUGCUCUGCUGCCCUGAAGCUCUGAGGAAGGACUUCCUGUCCAUGUUCCCUGAAGCUCCUUCCUCUGACAUGACGGUCAUCACAGUGACCCAGAAGACCCAGAACGACAUGACCUCCUGGAGCGGCGCCGUGGAGCAGGAGAGGGAGCAGAUGCUGGAGAAGUUCAUCCAGGGAGCCAAGGAGCUGUGCCUGGCUCUGCAGGCCCAGGGCUUCUGGGCGGACUUCAUCGAUCCUUCUUCUGGUCUGGCCUUCUUUGGUCCCUACACCAACAACACGCUGUUUGAGACCGACCACAGGUUCUCCCAGCUGGGCUUCAGCCUGGAGGACCUGGGCUGCUGCAGGGCUCUCAGACACCCUGUCUGGGGGACGCAUGUCUUUGUUGGGACCAUCUUCACCAGCGGUCCAUCUAGAUCCAUCAUUCUAGAGAAGCUGCAGAGCAUCUAGACUCAGAAGCUCUUCCUGGUGACUUUCUAAAAGCUGUUUGGCUCCAGAGAUGAACUGGAUUUAUUUCUUCUUCACAGGUUUUCAUUUCUGUUUGGGAAUUUAUGGGCUUCAAAAUGAAAUAAAUCGAUAAAAAUAUAAAA